UCUAGAUCAACACAAUUUUAAAAUAAACAAUGGUGAAUUAGUUUUAUAAGAUGAUGAAAAGGCAAAAUUUUGUAGUGGUCGUAGCUAUCGUAUCUACUUUAAGUUCACGUGGACUUUCGCAAGAAUCCUGCACAAACAAUCCUAACCCCUGCCAAAACGGAGGAAGCUGUAAAAAUACUCCAGGACAGGAUCCAUAUUAUAGAUGUGAUUGCAUCCCUGGUUACUUCGACGACACCUGCUCGAGCAACGAUUACUGCUCAAACAAUCCUAACCCCUGUCAAAAUGGAGGAAACUGCGAGAAUACAUCAGGAAUUGAUCCAUAUCUUAGAUGUGACUGCACGCCGGGUUUCUACGACGACAUCUGCUCUAGUGACAAAUACUGCCUAAACAACCCUAACCCCUGCACAAACGGCGGAAGCUGUGAAAAUACUCCAGGACAGGAUCCAUAUUUUAGAUGUGAUUGCAUCCCAGGUUUUUACGACGACAUCUGCUCUAGCGACCAAUAUUGCGAUCACAACGACAACCUAUGCUUGAACGGAGGAAGCUGUGUAUCAGUCCCUGAUAUUGAUCCUUACUAUCAAUGUAAUUGUACAGCUGGAUACUUCGGUGACAUUUGUUCAAGAGAUUUGAUAGAGAUUCGAGGAACUGAGUCUCUUAUUGCCAUUGCCGAAGGAGACGCCAUUUUGCCAAUUAAUGUUACAACAUUUGACGGUGCUUUGACGAUUGAGCUUCACAGAGAUAUUAGUUCUGAAAGUCCCAUAGAUAUACGGGAGAAUGUCAACAAUGGAACCACUCAGUUCAUACUCCAGAACAUAGACAAAUCGAGCGAAGGAAAAUAUAUAUUUGUUGCUUUCUCUGCAUCGAAUGACUAUCAAAGAAAUGCAACAACGGAAUUGAUAGUUUACGUUAAUGUCAGCAUAACAAACAUAAAUCCAUACACGAUAUUCUCUCCGGUUACAACUGGAUCAAGACAGGUUGUAUGCAAUGCCUCUGGUUAUCCGUCUCCAACAAAAACAAUAUGGAUGAAAGAUGGGGUGAACGUUUCUCUACAGGAAGGUUCGAGUGUUUACCAAUACCAUGAAGAAACUCACGCGAUCUUAUAUAUUGAAGAAGCACAAUUACCGGAUGAUGGAAUUUAUACUUGUCGUGCCACAAAUUAUGUGGGUGAAAAUUCUUUAGAAGUAUUUGCAGAAGAUUAUGCCGAACUUUCAGUUUACGGAUCUCCCCAUAUUAUUGAAGUGAAUGAGACGCCAUGCAGCAGUGAUGGAAUACUCACUAUAAGAUGGGCGCCUAACAAUCAAACUAUAGGAAUAAAUCACAUUUUUACAGUGACAAGUCAAAACUCCACGACAUCUUACAACAAGCAUGAAACUGCAGUAGACGGUAAAGACGUAGAAUUCAAUAAUUUACAUCCCUUCAAGGAAUACUCAAUAAAGGCUGUGGUUUGUCCAGAUGAAUGCAUAACUAAAUUAAACGCCACAUCAAAAGCUACGACGGGGCAUGGACUACCUGGAUUAGUAAACAACCCCAAUAUUCAAAUGCACUCGACAGAUAUCUGCCAUGUAUCAUGGGAUAGUCCAAACACACCAGACGAUCAGAUUUUACAAUACGAGAUUACAUGGAAUCAAGAAUAUGUAUAUAAACCACCAAACAAUGAGGCAUUACCUUCGCCAGUAGCUGACAAAGUACCUGCAUCGGAUCUUACAUAUAAUAUUGAAACAGAAUCAAAUCGACAAUAUUCAGUAAAAAUAACGGCAUAUACUUGUGCUGGUGCAGGUCUACCAGUAGCCGCAGAAGGGGAAUGCAUAACAGAAAGCGAAGGUCCUAAUGAGAUUGUUGAACCAAUACUAAGAGAGAAUGACGGCGAUUUAUCAACAAGAGAUAUCGAUAUUACCAUACCAAACGAGGAAAACGGACCAAUAAGUUGCGUAUUCGUAAUCGUGAACCAAGGGAAUUUAGCAAACAGCAACAAACCGUUUGAAAUAGAAGAUCUGGAUAAGGCAGCAAAUCAAGAAAGUGUAUCACAAGGAGUUGAAUACCUUGCCAUUGCUAUUCCCAGAGCUACGAUAGGAAACAAAAACAUUUACAUGACAACGCUUGGUGAUGAAGAAAUAAAUCCAGAAUGCGAUCUUACAACAAUAUGGUCAAGCAAAAAUCGAAACAAAAGAUGUGAACGAGCCACUGAGUCAUAUAAAGGACAUAAUUGGCCCUUGAAAGCCGAUGGGACGUCAUAUAGCUUCUACACGGUAUCAUCUACCCCAACAAGCAAAGACGUAAUAUUUGGCAAAAGUGAAAUUACUUCAUUUGUCAAUGGUUCAGCGCCUAUAGCUUGGAUGAUAGGAGCUGUUGUCGGAAUAUUUGCAUUUGUGGCUAUAACAGUUGGUUCUUUGAUAUACUGCAAGCGUCGCCGACAACGAUCAAAUAAAAAUUCGUCUACAAUGACGGUAAAUCCAUACGACACGAUAGACCUUUAUGAGACGCCUGUAUAUGACAAAGCUGUAAAUCUUGACUUGCCUGGAAGUCAACAAAAUAAUGAAGAUUCGGAACAUAUCUAUUAUACAAUACCUAGGUAUGAAAAUGUGGCAUCGAGGAAAUAAGAAGGGGACAUCAUUGUAGGCCUAUAUCUGCGUUGUUCGUUGUCGAAUUUUUUUGGACACGUAAUGGACAUAGCGAUCGUUUUAAUA